UCAUCAACCUUGUUCGUGUCGUCAUCAAAGUUCAUGCCGGAAUUUACAAAGAGAAGGUGAACAUACCCCCAAUGAAGGCAUUCAUAACAAUAGAAGGGGAAGGAGCAGAGAAGACAAUAGUGGAAUGGGGAGAUACAGCACAAACACCUGACUCAAAAGGCAACCCCAUGGGGACCUUCAACUCUGCCUCUUUCGCCGUUAAUUCUCCUUUCUUUGUCGCCAAAAACAUCACUUUCAAGAACACAACCCCGGUCCCCUUGCCUGGCGCAGUUGGAAAACAGGCAGUGGCAUUGAGGGUGUCGGCAGACAAUGCAGCAUUUUUCGGGUGUAAAAUGCUUGGUGCUCAAGACACUCUCUAUGAUCAUUUGGGAAGACAUUAUUACAAAGACUGUUACAUAGAGGGAUCUGUUGACUUCAUUUUUGGCAAUGCCCUUUCUCUCUAUGAGGUAAGCAUUCUUACUUAGUGGUCUCUCUAUUCGCCUAACACGUCUUAUAGAACACUUUCUU